AUGCUGCUCCUCUCGCUAUCUCUCAUAGACUGUUUUUACGUCGGCAUUGCCGCUCUUUUGAUUCGUUUUCUAAUCACCUUGAUCAAAUCCCCUCGUUUGGCUAUACCAGGGCCAAUUCUAGGCCGAUUCACAAAUUUAUGGUAUCUGUGGCAGAUGAAACGGGGUGACUUCCACUAUACCAAUAUCAAACUCCAUGAGAAGAAUGGCAACGUCGUUCGCAUUGCUCCCAACUACUACAGUAUCUCCGACGCCUCGGCCGUCAAGACCAUCUAUGGCCAUGGAGCCAAGUUCGAAAAGUCCGCCUGGUACGACGCAUGGAACUUCGGUCCUACAGCCACCAUGACGAAUCUCUUCUCGGAGCGCAAUUCCAAGAAGCAUGCCGAGAGUCGCAGGAAGGUCGCUUCGAUGUAUUCCAUGACUUCGCUGGUGGCUUACGAGCCAGCAGUGGACAAUUGCAUUGAGAUUUUCAAAGAGCGGCUCCUCGAGUUUUCGAAACAAGGAUCCAUCAUUGAUAUGGCGCAUUGGAUGCAAUGUUAUGCAUUUGAUGUUAUUGGGGAAAUCACUUUCGGCAGUCGAUUCGGCUUCCUGGAAGCAGGAAACGACAUCGGAGGUGUGAUGGAGUCGAUCGAUUCUGGCCUCACAUCUAGUUCCUACCUCGGGCUCUAUAGCUGGCUCUACCCUUUCUUCCUCUGGGCUUCACAGCGUCUCCAAGGCGCAGGCCCGUCAUACGCUACUCAGUUCACUUUCCAACAUAUCCAACAAACAAAAGCGACUAUGAAGAAUCAUCGCGCAGAUCUCCCGUCGCAUAUGGCUAUGAAACUCGUUCAAAAACAGGCUCAGAAUCCGCAUGACAUGUCUGAUUGGGAUAUUCUCGCCACUGCAGCAUCGAAUGUUGGGGCUGGCAGUGAUACGACUGCAAUCAGUCUGUCUUCGACUCUAUACUAUCUUAUCCGGGCCCCUGGUUGUCUGGAGAAACUGCGGAAAGAGAUUGAAGAGUCAGGUGUCGGUCCCAAUCCCACGUUCAAAGAGACGCAGGCAAUGCCGUAUCUUCAGGCAGUUUUGAAGGAAGCAUUCCGGGUUCAUCCUGGAACAGGAUAUCCGCUUUUCCGGGUUGUUCCCAGCGGUGGCGAGGUGAUAGCUGGGCAAUUCUUCCCAGCAGGAGUCAACGUCGGGAUAAACAGCUGGGUCUCACACUAUGAUAAAGAGAUCUAUGGUCAUGAUGCAGAUGUCUUCAGGCCUGAACGAUGGCUUGAAUCCAGCAAAGAACAGCUCACUGUCAUGGAACAAAGCUUCAUGCCAUUUGGAGCUGGCUCCAGGACUUGUAUCGGCAAGAAUAUCUCUUUGCUGGAGAUGGCAAAAUUGAUACCCAUUUUGGUAAGGGACUUUGACUUUGAACUGAGCCAGACUGUGCAGAGAAGCUGGACAACAAGGGCGCGAUGGUUCGUAAAGCCCAUGGAUUUCGAGGUCAAGAUUCGGGAAAGAAAUUAG